GCCUAUUGUAUCACUGGGCUGCAUCCGGGCACUUCUCUUAGCCUGCGCAGAAACGGAAUGGCGGAGCUGGCUUAAUGGGCUCGGGGGAACAUCGACUAAAUUUAGCCGAGAUUCUGUCCCAGAGGUAUGAUGUCCAGGAGCAAUCGGAAAAUAUUCAUGGAGUGUACAAGAACUUAGAGCCUGAGAAGAACAUCCACUGCUCACAGGAGAGCGAGAUGCCACUUGAAGAGCUGCUGGCACUCUAUGGUUAUGAAGUGUCUGAUCCCAUCCCAGAACACAACAACGAGGACACUGUGCUUCCUCACAGCCUGCCCGACAUGACACUGGAUAAGGAACAGAUUGCAAAAGAUUUACUUUCCGGUGAAGAAGAGGAGGAGACGCAGUCCUCUGCUGAUGACCUGACUCCAUCCGUCACAUCACAUGAUGCAUCAGACUUGUUUACACAUCCUUUAAGAUCAAACUCAAUUGCAGAUGAUGAUAAGGAAACCUCCUCUAACUCCUCAGAGGACGACUCCGAAGAUGAUUCUAUUUUUUCCAGUGAUGGCAGAAAGGAUAUUAUGGUAGGGCCACAAUAUCAGGCAUUGAUACCCCCAUUAAAUCGGCACCGGUACCAGGAGAGAGCAUGUGAAAAUGAGGAUCAGCUCCUCUGGGAUCCACAUGUCCUUCCUGAGAAGGAAGUUGAGCAGUUCCUUCUACGAGUUGAGAAACGUGGCCGUGAAGAGGCAAACUGGGAGAUGUUGCCUGAUGGGGCGCUGGUCAGGGAUAACGAGCAGGGGCUAUAUGAGCUAGUGAAAUGCAGCUUCAAUGUAGAGGAAGCACUUCGAAGAUUAAGGUUCAAUGUAAAAGUAAUCAGAGAUGAGCUCUGUGCCUGGAGUGAGGAAGAAUGUCGGAACUUUGAGCAUGGCUAUCGGGUGCAUGGAAAGAAUUUCCACCUCAUACAGGCUAACAAAGUUCGUACACGAUCUGUGGGUGAAUGUGUGGAGUAUUACUACAUGUGGAAAAAGUCUGACCGACAUGAUUAUUUCACACAACAAAGCAAAUUUGGCAGAAGAAAAUACAGCCUUCCACCUGGAGCGAUGGACUAUGUUGACCAGGAUAUAGACAGUGGCGAUGUCGAUAGUGCUAGUCAUGCUCAAAGCUCACCGGCCCUUCAAUCAACCACUAGUGCCCAAGACUCCCAGUUUGACCAGGAUGCCCUUGAUCUGGAGGGCACAGAUGUGGAAAGCAGAGAAAGUUUGAGCUUCAGCAUCGGGAACAAUGUUGAUGCCAGCAACCCUGAAUUUAAUUUUGGCCAGAUUUCUCCAUCAGCAUCUGGUGGCAGCUGCCUGUACAGCGGCUCCGUGCCAAGUUUCCACCUCGAGGGGAGCCUACCUUUAGCAGCCAUUGCUGGGGUGAUGGGCCAACGGUUCACCUGCCAGGAAAUGGUUUUUAUGAGCUGCAGCUGGACCCCUUUUUAAGGAGCAAGCAAGAUGUUUCCAGUAGCAUGGGUCCAAACAUGCUAAAGGUUGGACUGACACUUCCGAAGAAUUUCAGUGAUGAACUGUCCAUUACUCCCACAGCUGGUGUGGGGGGUGGUGACACCAGCAUGUUGCCAGAAUUAGCUGCUCCUGUGCCACCAGCCUCAGCACAGAUGUCUGUUUCAGUGACGGCUGACUUUGGAACCAUAAGUGUUAGCAGUUUCCUCAGUACUCAUGCCAUGCGAUCGCCAAACACGAUGCAGCAGUCUUGAAUCUUUUGUCUUAACGAAAACCUUCUGCUUCUCUGUCUCUUUCUUUCUUGCCGUUUUAAUCUCUUCCUGUGUAAAAAUGUACAAGGACAAAAAGAAGAAAUGACCUGCUGUAACAGUUUGCCAUUGCUUACCCUGGUAUUUUACAGGGCACAGAAGAGAUCAUUGGUUUGAUUACCCUAGGUUUUAAAAACAAAAAAAAUCAAGCGUGGAUACCAAGAACACGAUCUUCAUCACAGGCCAAUCACUGCUUAAAAUCCCACAAGCUAGACUGUAAGGUGACAAUAGAGAUGCACUUCAAGCUGGAGCAUGGGGUGCAAAAGAUGGCCAAAUAUGCUCAGAGCAAGCAAGCAAGAGAGUAACGAUGGUUGUGGUAAGCAGUUGAUGUCCAAGAGCCAAACUUGCAGAUUUGAGCUCUGCUGGGUAGGUUGUGUUCAAUUGUAAAGGAGAUUUGGGGUCCUGUAACUGGCUGGCCUGGCACCUUUUCAUUUAACAGGUAGGUGGAUGAUGUGCAGUAGGCCUCAAAUCCUAUGAAUUCUGUUAAAUGUUCUGUGUAGUUAUGUGUGUGUUUAAUUUAAAGAACCUUCUAAUUAUUUUAAGUUUACAACUUUUCACUGUGUGAACUCACAGUGGGGGUGGGGGGGAUGUGUGAAAAAAAUGAUUUCUCUGAUUAGAAAUUUGGAAAAGUUGCUGACUUCAACCACUUCUACCCCAACGGAUAUGACUGCAGAAAACCCGUGUUGUCUUUGUAUGUUUUUAUUUGAACAACAUGCAGCCUGAAAACCUGAACAUUCACAUUUUGGAAGGUCCACCAGCAGGGUGGGCUAGUCGGACAAUAGCAUUAGGACAGAUGAAGCUUCUGUUGUGUCACGUCUGGAGAAAACAUGAACCCCAAAGAUGUUUGUUUAUGGGUUUUGUGAAUUGUAAAAGAAUUAACCGAUUCCUUUUUCUAAUUAUGUGGAAGAGACAACUUCUUAAAUGUCAUACUUAGGAGGGCAAGGGGUGAGAACGAUUCUAUUUAUUUUUCAUAUUAAAAGAUUUAAGUAAUUUAAUGGAUUUGUUUUCCUUCAAGAUAUAAUCUGAGAGCCGGCCGACUCGUCCUGACAGCAUGAAUGACGUAUGUCUGCAACUGUUCACUUGAGACUUGACAGCUUUAAAAAGUAGAGUGGCUGCUCCAGGAAGGCCAGAUCAUACCGUCAUUGGCACUGGGUGGGACACCAAAGAUUAAUAGGGAGAAAGGUGGGCUUGCUUAUAGCUUGUUGCUCUUGUUUGCUUUUAUUCCUUCUCUUAAAAAGCUCAUGUUUUAUAUUUUCAUUUACCAUAGAGGGGCCAAGUUCUAGACCAGUGCAGGGGAGCAUCCCACCCCUGCCCAAAUGAUACCAGCGAGCACUCGACUGCCUAGUCCCAUUUGCCCUCACGUCUUCUCAGUGUUUACAGUGUGUAUUUUAUUUACUGAACUGUUACAAAAAUAGAAUGGCCAUUGGCAACGUUUUCUAUUUAUUACAGGUUUUUUUUUUUUUUUUUAAAGGGAAGAAUUUUACGAGGGCGAUGAACUUAAAAAUUGCACGCUGUCUUUUUGCUUACGAUUCAAGAGGAGCGUGUUGUAUUCUGUAUUUUCUGACAACCUCUUCAUGGUCAUUUCACUCCUUGUUGGUUUUGGUGCAUAUUGAGCCAAUCUGGGACACUGGACUUGUCUCAAGCAUUGCACUUCUUCUCAUGGACAAUAAACUUGUGACUCUUUGUACUCUU